UGUCUGUCAGUCUGUCUGUCUGUUACCACGUUUUCUGCCACCGCGCGCACGAAAUCAGUUCGCCGAGGGUUUGCACUUUAGUGCUUUUGAUUUUGCUGGUGCCUCUGGAGAAUGUCACGGCUCUACGUCGACGGCGGGAAGAUAGACGAAGAAUCGAUGGAAGACGUGCCCAACUCAGAGUUGUACAGUAACGAGCAGCAGCCUCUGUUGGCGGGAGACACCGUCCAGAAGUCGGGGUUUGGGGCAGGCGGACCCAAGGAAGGAUGCACCUCUUACAAGAGACAAGGAGCCAAUGAGAUUGCCACGUUCUUCAACUUUGCCAAGGCCAGUAUAGGCUCAGGGUCGUUUGCCCUGCCGUGGGGGAUACUGCAAGUUGGAGUGUUGGUGGGAGGUCUGGGUAUGAUCCUUCUUGGUCUAGCAAGUGUGUACACCAUGCAGCUCAUGUUGGAGUGCAAGCACUACGUGUGUGCCAGACUCCCGUCCAGAGAGAAGAGGAAAUCUCUCAACUACACCGAGCUGGGCAGACAGGCCCUGGGCGGGUUUGGGAAAUGGGCCGUCGAUAUUUCAGUGCUGGGCUGCAACCUCGGUGUCUGUGCGGGAUACAUGAUAUUUAUUGCUGGCAAUCUUCUUUGGGCCGCCAACUGUUUCGAGGACAAAAUCUACAACAGCCUUCACCACAACACCUCGGACAAUCUGACCUCUGACCUCCUAUCACUAUCAGCCGAUGACGAUGAAGACAGAGUGUGUUUCACGACGUGGGAGGUGUACGCUCUGAUCCUGCCCAUCCUCAUCGGCCUCACCUUCCUCCCUUCCUUCAAGAUCCUGGCCUACUCCGCCUACAUUGGCUCAGUCUUCCUUGUCCUCGCUGUCUCGGUGGUUUACGUGUUUGGGUUCAUCAACCACCACGUGUUCUGUGCCGUCAGUCAGGGAGACAUCCUCUACGUCCCUGCCAAGGGCACCGGCAUAGCUCUCUGGUUUGGAGUCACCGCCUUCCUCUUCUGUGUACACAGUAUGGUGAUCCCGCUGGAGAGUGUGAUGAAAUAUCCUCACAGAAUGCAGUAUGUGCUGGACGCAGCUCUCGUUAUUGUGUUAUCCGUCAACCUUCCCUUUGCCAUAUAUGGCUAUCUACUCUUUGGAUCUGCCACCAAAGGCUACGUGUUUGAGAACCUACCAGGAGGAGUGUUUUACGACUUGGUGCGAGUGUUUCUGUCAGUGGAGUUGACCCUCACCUUCCCCAUCGUCUUCAAACCUGCCUCGGACGUGGCUGAGGAAAUAUGGUACAACUUCCUCAUGGUAUUUGUCCGUCUUGGAAGACUGAAAUUUGUCGAACAACUCUACACCAGUUCUGUGAGUUUUCUUUAGUACACCACGGCACCAAUUAUUAAUGUGUUGCUGAUUUAUUGUGAUUUUCAACCGUACAUUUACAUACCUCUCAUUCUCUCUUACCUUCACCCCGUACCUUAAUUCCUCUCUCUCUCUCUCUCUCUCUCUGGCUCCAGUCCAUGUACUACAGAGUAGGUCGCUACACGAUGCUGUGUAUUCUACGAACACUCCUAGUCAUGGUCUCAUGGAGUAUAGCAGUCGGGAUCCCUCGUUUCGAGCUCUGCCUCGCCCUCGUAGGCAGUCUAGCCACCACCAUCUUGGCCUUCAUCCUCCCUCCCCUCUUCCACCUCGCUCUCAAGUGGAGGGUUACCUCCAUUGCCAGGAGAGUAUUCCACAUCUUGCUUCUGGUGGGAGGUAUUGCUGCCAGCGGUGUAGCCACAGGGAUUAACCUGUACACCGCCAUUGAAGACAGAGGAAGUGUCGACUCAUGCUCCUCCAUCAGAGCACAAUGCCAGGCGAAGGACACACCCACCGGACACUGCUUCACCUCAUAGCUACAUAUACCCCGUGACCAUUGAAUACUGAGACUAUUGUGACUCUGUGUGUGUGUUUCUGUAACUUCAAUGCAAAAAAUCAUUGAAAAUAACUAACAACGAAUC